AUGAUAGCAACCAACUCAAUGAGCCUUUUUCUGCUCUUUUCUUCUAUUUCAAGUUUUUUAUACACUUGUGCUUCUCUUACAUAUUGUCGUCCCGACCAAAGGGACGCACUUCUCGAGUUCAAGAGUGAGUUUGAGCUUCGCAACCCUCCUGAGUUUCUUGACGAGUUUAUAUAUGAUUACCUGGUUCCUGUCGAUGUAAAUUCAUGGGCAAACAGCAGCGACUGUUGUUAUUGGGAUGGUAUCACAUGCGAUGUUACCUCUGGUGUGGUGAUUGGGGUAGACCUUACUUUCAGCUGCCUCCAUGGUCAUUUCAAACCCAAUAGCAGUCUUUUUGGACUGCGACAUCUCCAAGAUCUCAACCUUGCUUACAACGAUUUCAAUGCGUCUCCAAUUCCGUCUGGCUUCAAUAAACUCAUGGGGUUAAGAAGACUUAACCUCUCCCACUCUUGGUUUUCUGGUCAGAUUCCACCUGAGAAUCUUCAUCUUACCAAGUUGGUGUCUCUCGGCCUUUCUUCUUGUUUUAACCUCUCUCAAAGUCGUCCCUUGUUUAUAGAGAAACCCUUUCUUGUUCAACUUGCUCAGAACUUAACAAAGCUUAGACACCUUUAUAUGAGCUAUGUAAACAUUUCCCCAGAAAUUCCUCAGAUGAUCUCAAACCUGACCUCUCUAAGAUCAAUCCACCUUCAUAAAUGCCACUUAUUUGGAAGACUUCCUUUGAAUGCUCUUCUGAGUCCUGCUAUUAAAUCCAUUGAUUUGAGUACCAAUCCAUAUCUAGAAUCCUAUCUCCCAGAACUCAAUGGAAGUAACUCUCUUGUUCUUGUAUAUCUGGACCUCUCUGAAACAUCUCUUUCAGGUAACAUACCAGACUCCAUUGGCAACCUUAAACACCUGAAUGUUUUGAAAAUUCAAGAUUCUAACAUCACAGGAAAGAUUCCAAUUUCAAUUGGAAGUCUUUCUCAUCUCACCUCUCUGAUCCUCUCUUCUAGUAAACUAAGUGGAUCCCUUCCUUCUUCAAUCGGAAACCUUUCUUAUCUCAACACUCUCUCCCUUUCUUCUAAUAACUUUGCUGGUGAAAUCCCAUCUUCAAUCCAGAAUCUGAACCGACUGACCUAUGUAGACGUGGGAAAUAACGAGUUCACAGGCACGCUUCCUCCAAACAUCAAUUCACUGUCCAACUUGGAGUACUUUGACGCAAGUUUAAACUUCUUUGUUGGGACAAAUCCCAUCUACCCUCUUCACCAUUCCUUCUCUUGA